CAUUUUAUUGAAGAUAUAGACGAAUUUCUCGUGUCACUUGUUGUUGCCACGGUCUUUUUAUUUUUGGCAUUACUAGCUGUCAUUGGAUUUAUGACAAUUUUCGCUCUAUUUUGCGCAUACUUUAUAAUAUUUCACUAACUAUCAUAUACAAUGGCUUUGGGCAAAGGCGAAUGGAGAACCCCUAAUAUUGAGCAUAACUUUCAAAAGGAAGUCAACCUAAAAUUCGAUACCACAGGAUGGAAACCCGAUAAGGUUGAUCUGGAUCCGGUCAUUUCGUAUUACCGCAACAAUUUGUUUUACCCCGAUCAAACCCAAUACGACCUAUUUUUUGCUUUCACCAAACCUUUUCCGAUAUGGGACAACAAAAAACCUAGAUGUAAUAGACCAUACAUGCCCGUUGUCAGGGAAAAUAUAUUUCAGCAAGAAUGGAAAAAAGCUGUGCCGGUUUUGACGUCUCAUUUGUACGGCAAAAGACCGCCGAUUGAUUGGGAAGACACCUCUCACAGACGAGCUAACAUGACGGCCGACAUGUACAGGAGAUUCGGCAUAAUGACCGCACUUGACGAAUGACUUUGUUAUCGCUAUCUGGAGCCAUAAUUGUAUCAGACUGUUUCAAUAAAAUUGCUUUUGGUAUA